AUGAGAAGCUAUGGUGAGGAUUUGAGUAAUCAACGAAUUGUCCAGAAAUUGUUGAUUAGCUUACCUAAAUCCUACGAUAGCAUUGCAGUUGUGAUAGAGAAUACUAAAGAUCUGGACACCAUUGAUGCACAAGAUAAUGAGUCUCAGAAAUCUAAAUGGAAACCAUGGAGUAACAAGGUUAAAGGGAGCAAGAAGGCUAUUUCUUAUGAAGGGAACAAUAAGGCUAGUUCUUAUGUGAAGAAUGAGGCAACAAACACUGGAGACAAGUGUAAGUUUUGUGAUAAACUUCACUAUGGUGAAUGCUGGGUUAAAAACAAAGUCAAAUGUCACAAGUGCAAUAAAAUUGGACAUAUUGCACGAUAUUGCAAUACAAACAAGACUGUUCAACAAGGGCAUUUUGCAAAUCAGGUUGAAGAAACUGGAAAUUUGUUCUAUGCAAAUCAUACUGAGACAGAGAAAAGGGUAAGUGAUGACUGGUAUAUAGACAGUGGAUGUAGUAACCACAUGACAUCUCAAGAAGAUUUGCUUGUUGAUAUUGAUAGGAGAGUGAAAGCCAAAGUUCAAGUAGGCACUGAAGUGUUGGUUGAUAUAGCAGGGAAAGGGACUUUGGUCAUUGAAACUACAAAAGGCAAACGGUACAUAAAAGAAGUCAUGUUGAAACAAGAACUUGCAUUGGGGCUGCCUAAAAUCCAAGAGCAUGAAGCAGUAUGUCAUGGAUGUGCAAUGGGAAGAAUCAUAGAGAGGCAUUUCCACAAGAAUCGAAAUGGAGAGCAAAGGAGCCACUAG